UAACCUCUGCUACUAUUUCACUCCUUUCCCAGCACAGCAAUCGGCUGCUUUAACUCGUUUUUUUUUUUAAAUAUUAUUUGAAAUCUCAUUUUUGGGUAUUGCAUUGUUGUCGGUCGGCCACAAGUUCACAUUUCACAGUUCACACUUCGGCAGCCGUGGUGUUUAGUCGACACUUGGACUUCCUACUACCGGUUGCGUGCGAUUAAGUUUUUCUCGUCGACAAUCGUAUCGCACUUUAGUAUUCGACCUGUGAUCGCAUUGGCUGUGUUGGAAACUUAUCGGCUGGCAUCCGGCCAACUCCAUUUAGUGAGUGCAUUGCGAGCAAAGUUUUGUUUAUCGCUAAUAUAUACAUUGAAACGACAGACAUCGCACACACCCCCCGUGACGGAGAACGGCUGCUGUGCUGGGGCCUCCUCGAAGGAAAAGCCACGACAAUCGCAGAGUGUGCCAUUCCAUUUCGUCAACGCAGCGCCACCUGACACGUCUUCCCAGUCCGAGUAGCCGACUGAUUAAGUAUAAGUAAGGUAAGCCGAGACGGGCAGAGGACACUUGAGAAGAAGCCAACAUGCCGGCUGAUAACGAAUUGACUGCCAAGCUGACGCGACGCUUAGACCGAAACGAAGCGCUGGAGCAAGGCCAGCAGGUAACCAAUACCUACCGCACGACCGGUGUCAGCAUCUACAGCGAAUUCUCAGAGUUCAGCCGCAAGCAGAUCAAGGAAUAUGAAAAAGCUUUCAAAAAGUACGACGCCGGCGGGGAUGGAUACCUGGAUCUUGAAGAGCUCAAGGUGACCAUGGAGAGGUUGGCUGCUCCCCAGACCCACUUAAGUCUCAAAGCUAUGAUCAAAGAAGUCGACGAAGACCAGGAUGGAAAGCUUAGCUUCAGAGAGUUCCUGUUGGUGUUCCGCAAGGCUGCAGCCGGAGAGCUACCCGAAGAUUCCGGACUGUGUCGUCUAGCAGCGCUGACGGAUAUUGAUGUCGGACAAGUCGGUGUUAAUGGAGCGGCCAACUUCUUCGAAUCAAAGAUUGAAGAAUUAACUAAAACGAGCAAAUUCGAGGCCGAGAUUCGAGAGGAACAGGAGAUGAAGAAACGCGAAUUGGAGCAGAAGAAAUUACGCCGAGCCGAAUUCAAAGAAAAAGCUUCUCUUUUCAGCCAGCAAAACUGAAGAGACGUUCGAAGAUAGCAAAAAUAUGACGAUUCGGGCCGUCCGCAUAAUAAUAAUUGUUUGCGCUGUUCCGCCAGUUGAUCAGCAUGUACGCAUACGUUUUUAACGAUAGACUAUAUAGAUCGGAAAUAAUAUCGCACUCCACUUUCACCACGGCCACAAUAAUGAUAGAAAUAACGGAGUUUUCAGCUUUUUUUAACUACUCGAACGUUCAUAACUAACUAGUCUUUAUUUUGCAUGUGUAUUUCUCAGAAGAAAAAAAAACAAUCUUUGUAGCAAAAUCUUCCGUUCAUAUUUUCAUGAUUUUGCUGCUUUUUUUUACAACGAACAUUUCCGCUGACCUGACGUUUUGUACCCGGGAUUUAAUAAUACAUGGAUCUUGAAUCUA